AUGUCUACUCUGAAACAGGUUAUAGUGCACGAGGAUGGCCAGGACACUGAGAAAAGUUUGGACUGGAGUUACAUUCAGUGGCUAGAGAAUGAGAAUGAGGCUGUGACGGGGGUGACCAAUGUUGAGACGCAAACGGUCUCAAAACUCACCGAAGAUAAGGAGACGCAGACCAGCAACCCCUUUAUCAUGCAUAUAGAUUUGGCCAGAACGCACUCCAAACUGAAACACGAGACCGACGGCUUGCUCACCCAGUUUGACCGACAAGCCCUGGCUCGUAUCUCCACGUCCCCUACCUUGAGGAGGAUGAGGAGCACGCGACGUCCGCAGGUGGACUUCCGGGACCCGAUGAGGAUGAACAGCACACAAGAGGAGUCGGGUACGGAAGAGACACCAUCCCUUUUGAGUCCCCUCUCCCCAAUACACAGGCACAAGUCUCCGCUGGCGGCCUGCCCACCUCCCGAUGGAGAGAACCACCACGAUAAUCAGCCCAAUUCAUCUGCAGACCUGGGGAAAAGCAGAUCACAUAGAUCAAAUACUUUUGACAAUGGUAUCACUUGCACGAGACAAGAAUCUCUGUGCGCACGUAGUGUGCAAAGUGUUAGGAAAGACUUUGAAUUUCCUGAUAAUAGCGAUGAUCAGGUGAGUUUAAUGUUAUAAUCACCAAAAUGAUUCAGUUGCACAUGAAUUGCAGCCGUAUGCCACACUGUGGCUUUAUAAUGAGUUUUUAUCUGAGCCUUGUAAAUCAGAUGGCCAGUAGCUCCUCCACCACAUUCCUCCUGGGUAGUAGCCCUCUCAUUCUCCCUGGCCUCCUGUGGUGGCUGCUCACAAUGCCAGCUUUUGACAGCAAAUGAAUCAGCAGUUACACUGACAGCUCAGCGUAGCCCCACCACCCAGCAAGCCUCAGUCUUUCACUCACACACACACACACACACACACACAGGCCUCCUAUUCACCACCGUCAGCAAUCAUCCAAUAAUAGAUAGAAGAAGAUAUUGGGUGGGGGGGGGAUCUAUUCAUUGGGCUCCCAGCAUUCAACCUGGGCCAUUCUCAAUAGAGCCCCGACAUUCUCUGCAGAUAUUAGAGGGCUAUUCUAAUUCAAACGACCACAUGAAAAACACUUGUUUGUAAGAGAUAUAGCCAUGUUAUGUAGGACCAGGAGGCCUGUGUAAUGUUGAUUUGUGUUAUGUACACUGCAUGAGUUUGUGCACCUUUCAAAUCACACCCAAGGCUCUAAAAUCAUAAUUGAACCCAAAUGAAUCUUAGUCCUGGACUAAAAAGCACGUUCAAUGGAGAUUCUCUGUUUUGAAAGUUCUUCUUAGUCCAAGACUAUGGUUAAUCUGUGUCCAAGAAACCGAUCCCUAAUGUUUAGAUAGAUGUACUGUACUAUCGUUCACGGUCUGUGUUUGCUCUUUCACAUUAGUAUCUGCUGUAUAACAAGCCAUGUUCAACAUAUAAUUAUCCUAACCAAUGCUCUUUCGUCUCUUUUUACAGGACAAGGAGGCUUGCCAUAAUAGGUAAGUGUGUUGCCUGCAACUCCACAGAGUGAUUUGAAUGUUACAGUGAGGGGAAAAAAGUAUUUGAUCCCCUGUUGAUUUUGUACGUUUGCCCACUGACAAAGACAUGAUCAGUCUAUAAUUUUAAUGGUAGGUUUAUUUGAACAGUGAGAGACAGAAUAACAACAAAAAAAUCCAGAAAAAUGCAUGUCAAAAAUGUUAUAAAUUGAUUUGCAUUUUAAUGAGGAAAAUAAGUAUUUGACCCCUCUGCAAAACAUGACUUAGUACUUGGUGGCAUAACCCUUGUUGGCAAUCACAGAGGUCAGACGUUUCUUGUAGUUGGCCACCAGGUUUGCACACAUCUCAGGAGGGAUUUUGUUCCACUCCUCUUUGCAGAUCUUCUCCAAGUCAUUAAGGUUUCGAGGCUGACAUUUGGCAACUCAAACCUUCAGCUCCCUCCACAGAUUUUCAAUGGGAUUAAGGUCUGGAGGCUGGCUUGAGCCACUCCUUUGUUUUGCCUUGGCCAUUGUCAUGCUGGAAUACCCAUCCACAACCCAUUUUCAAUGCCCUGGCUGAGGGAAGGAGGUUCUCACCCAAGAUUUGACGGUACAUGGCCCCGUCCAUCGUUCCUUUGAUGCGGUGAAGUUGUCCUGUCCCCUUAGCAGAAAAACACCCCCAAAGCAUAAUGUUUCCACCUCCAUGUUUGACGGUGGGGAUGGUGUUCUUGGGGUCAUACGCAGCAUUCCUCCUCCUCCAAACACGGCGAGUUGAGUUGAAGCCAAAGAGCUCGAUUUUGGUCUCAUCUGACCACAACACUUUCACCCAGUUCUCCUCUGAAUCAUUCAGAUGUUCAUUGGCAAACUUCAGACGGCCCUGUAUAUGUGCUUUCUUGAGCAGGGGGACCUUGCGGGCGCUGCAGGAUUUCAGUCCUUCACGGCGUAGUGUGUUACCAAUUGUUUUCUUGGUGACUAUGGUCCCAGCUGCCUUGAGAUCAUUGACAAGAUCCUCCCGUGUAGUUCUGGGCUGAUUCCUCACCGUUCUCAUGAUCAUUGCAACUCCACGAGGUGAGAUCUUGCAUGGAGCCUCAGGCCGAGGGAGAUUGACAGUUAUUUUGUGUUUCUUCCAUUUGCAAAUAAUCGCACCAACUGUUGUCACCUUCUCACCAAGCUGCUUGGCGAUGGUCUUGUAGCCCAUUCCAGCCUUGUGUAGGUCUACAAUCUUGUCCCUGACAUCCUUGGAGAGCUCUUUGGUAUUGGCCAUGGUGGAGAGUUUGGAAUCUGAUUGAUUGCUUCUGUGGACAGGUGUCUUUUAUACAGGUAACAAACUGAGAUUAGGAGCACUCCCUUUAAGAGUGUGCUCCUAAUCUCAGCUCGUUACCUGUAUAAAAGACACCUGGGAGACAGAAAUCUUUCUGAUUGAGAGGGGGGUCAAAUACUUAUUUCCCUCAUUAAAAUGCAAAUCAAUUAAUAACAUUUUUGACAUGUGUUUUUCUGGAUUUUUUUGUUGUUAUUCUGUCUCUCACUGUUCAAAUAAACCUACCAUUAAAAUUAUAGACUGAUCAUUUCUUUGUCAGUGGGCAAACGUACAAAAUCAGCAGGGGAUCAAAUACUUUUUUCUCUCACUGUAUGUGUCCCCACUUGGCUUAGCCAAAAAUUACCACAAUGCCUGUACAUUAUUUCAUGGCAGGAGGGGAAUUUGCCUAUAACCGAUUAGCUCUGAACUACAGUUGAAGUCGGAAGUUUACAUACACCUUAGCCAAAUACAUUUAAACUCAGUUUUUCACAAUUCCUGACAUUUAAUCCUAGUAAAAAUUCCCUGUCUUAGGUCAGUUAGGAUCACCACUUUAUUUUAAGAAUGUGAAAUGUCAGAAUAAUAGUAGAGUGAUUUAUUUCAUCACAUUCCCAUUGGGUCAGAAGUUUACAUACACUCAAUUAGUAUUUGGUAGCGUUGCCUUUAAAUUGUUUAACUUGGGUCAAAUGUGUCAGGUAGCCUUUCACAAGCUUCCCACAAUAAGUUGGGUGAAUUUUGGCCCAUUCCUCCUGACAGAGCUGGUGUAACUGAGUCAGGUUUGCAGGCCUCCUUGCUCGCACACGCUUUUUCAGUUCUGCCCACACAUUUUCUAUAGGAUUGAGGUCAGGGCUUUGUGAUGGCCACUCCAAUACCUUGACAUUGUUGUCCUUAAGCCAUUUUGCCACAACUUUGGAAGUAUGCUUGGGGUCGUUGUCCAUUUGGAAGACCCAUUUGUGACCAAGCUUUAACUUCCUGACUGAUGUCUUGAGAUGUUGCUUCAAUAUAUCCACAUAAUUUUCCUUCCUCAUGAUGCCAUCUAUUUUGUGAAGUGCACCAGGCCCUCCUGCAGCAAAGCACACCCACAGCAUGAUGCUGCCACCCCCGUGCUUCACGGUUGGGAUGGUGUUCUUCGGCUUGCAAGCGUUCCCCUUUUUCCUCCAAACAUAACGGAUGGUCAUUAUGGCCAAACAGUUCUAAUUUUGUUUCAUCAGACCAGAGGACAUUUCUCCAAAAAGUACGAUCUUUGUCCCCAUGUGCAGUUGCAAACCGUAGUCUGGCUUUUUUAUGGCGGUUUUGGAGCAGUGGCUUCUUCCUUGCUGAGCGGCCUUUCAGGUUAUGUCGAUAUAGGACUAGAUUUGCUGUGGAUAUAGAUACUUUUGUACCUGUGUCCUCCAGCAUCUUCACAAGGUCCUUUGCUGUUCUGGAUUGAUUUGCACUUUUCGCACCAAAGUACGUUCAUCUCUAGGAGACAGAACGCGUCUCCUUCCUGAGCGGUAUGACGGCUGCGUGUUCCCAUGGUGUUUAUACUUGUUGAGGUCUACACAUUUUUUUCUGAGAUCUUGGCUGAUUUCUUUUGAUUUUCCUAUGAUGUCAAGCAAAGAGGCACUGAGUUUGAAGGUAGGCCUUGAAAUACAUCCACAGGUACACCUCCAAUUGACUCAAAUGAUGUCAAUUAGCCUUAUCAGAAGCUUCUAAAGCCAUGACAUUAUUUUCUGGAAUUUUCCAAGCUGUUUAAAGGCACAGUCAACUUAGUGUAUGUAAACUUCUGAACCACUGGAAUUGUGAUACAGUGAAUUAUAAGUGAAAUAAUCUGUCUGUAAACAAUUGUUGGAAAAAUUAUUUGUGUCAUGCACAAAGUAGAUAUCCUAACCAACUUGUGGAGUGGUUGAAAAACGAGUUUUAAUUACAUUUAACAUUUUACAUUUUAGUCAUUUAGCAGACGCUCUUAUCCAGAGCGACUUACAAAUUGGUGCAUUCACCCUAUAGCCAGUGGGAAAACCACUUUACACUUUUUUUUUUGGGGGGGGGGGGGUAGAAGGAUUACUUUAUCCUAUCCCAGGUAUUCCUUAAAGAGGUGGGGUUUCAAAUGUCUCCGGAAGGUGGUGAGUGACUCCGCUGUCCUGGCGUCGUGAGGGAGCUUGUUCCACCAUUGGGGUGCCAGAGCAGCGAACAGUUUUGACUGGGCUGAGCGGGAACUAUGCUUCCGCAGAGGAAGGGGAGCCAGCAGGCCAGAGGUGGAUGAACGCAAUGCCCUCGUUUGGGUGUAGGGACUGAUCAGAGCCCGGAGGUGCCGUUCCCCUCACUGCUCCAUAGGCAAGCACCAUGGUCUUGUAACGGAUGCGAGCUUCAACUGGAAGCCAGUGGAGUGUGCGGAGGAGGGGGGGUGACGUGAGAGAACUUGGGAAGGUUGAACACCAGACGGGCUGCGGCAUUCUGGAUGAGUUGUAGGGGUUUAAUGGCACAGGCAGGGAGGCCAGCCAACAGCGAGUUGCAGUAAUCCAGACGGGAGAUGACAAGUGCCUGGAUUAGGACCUGUGCCGCUUCCUGUGUAAGGCAGGGUCGUACUCGCCGAAUGUUGUAGAGCAUGAACCUGCAGGAUCGGGUCACCGCCUUGAUGUUAGCGGAGAACGACAGGGUGUUGUCCAGGGUCACGCCAAGGCUCUUCGCACUCUGGGAGGAGGACACAACGGAGUUGUCAACCGUGAUGGCGAGAUCAUGGAACGGGCAGUCCUUCCCCGGGAGGAAGAGCAGCUCCGUCUUGCCAGGGUUCAGCUUGAGGUGGUGAUCCGUCAUCCAUACUGAUAUGUCUGCCAGACAUGCAGAGAUGCGAUUCGCCACCUGGUUAUCAGAAGGGGGAAAGGAGAAGAUUAGUUGUGUAUCGUCAGCGUAGAAAUGAUAGGAGAGGCCAUGUGAGGAUAUGACAGAGCCAAGUGACUUGGUGUAUAGGGAGAAUAGGAGAGGGCCUAGAACUGAGCCCUGGGGGACACCAGUGGUGAGAGCACGUGGUGCGGAGACAGCUUCUCGCCACGCCACUUGGUAGGAGCGACCGGUCAGGUAGGACGCAAUCCAGGAGUGAGCCGCGCCGGAGAUGCCCAGCUCGGAGAGGGUGGAGAGGAGGAUCUGAUGGUUCACAGUAUCAAAGGCAGCAGACAGGUCUAGAAGGACAAGAGCAGAGGAGAGAGAGUUAGCUUUAGCAGUGCGGAGAGCCUCCGUGACACAGAGAAGAGCAGUCUCAGUUGAAUGACCAGUCCUGAAACCUGACUGGUUUGGAUCAAGAAGGUCAUUCUGAGAGAGAUAGCAAGAGAGUUGGCUAAAGACGGCACGCUCAAUAGUUUUGGAAAGAAAAGAAAGAAGGGAUACUGGUCUGUAGUUGUUGACAUCAGUGGGAUCGAGUGUUGGUUUUUUGAGAAGGGGUGCAACUCUCGCUCUCUUGAAGACGGAAGGGACAUGGCCAGCGGUCAAGGAUGAGUUGAUCAGCGAGGUGAGGUAGGGGAGAAGGUCACCGGAGAUGGUCUGGAGAAGAGAGGAGGGGAUGGGGUCAAGCGGGCAGGUUGUUGGGCGGCCUGCAGUCACAAGUCGCAGGAUUUUAUCUGGAGAGAGAGGGGAGAAAGAAGUCAAAGCAUAGGGUAGGGCAGUGUGAGUAGGACCAGCAGUGUCAUUAGACUUAACAAAUGAGGAUCGGAUGUCGUCAACCUUCUUUUCAAAGUGGUUGACGAAGUCAUCCACAGAGAGAGGGGGGGGGGGAUUCAGCAGGGAGGAAAAUGUGGCAAAGAGCUUCCUAGGGUUAGAGGCAGAUGCUUGGAAUUUAGAGUGGUAGAAAGUGGCCUUAGCAGCAGAAACAGAUGAAGAAAAUGUAGAGAGGAGGGAGUGAAAAGAUGCCAGGUCGGCAGGGAGUUUAGUUUUCUUCCAUUUCCGCUCCGCUGCCCGGAGCUCUGUUCUGUGAGCUCGCAAUGAGUCAUCAAGCCACGGAGCUGGAGGGGAGGACCGAGCCGGCCGGGAGGAUAGGGGACACAGAGAGUCAAAGGAUGCAGAAAGGGAGGAGAGGAGGGUUGAGGAGGCAGAAUCAGGAGAUUGGAGGGAGAAGGAUUGAGCAGAGGGAAGAGAUGAUAGGAUGGAAGAGGAGAGAGUAGUGGGAGAGAGAGAGCGAAGGUUGCGGCGGCGCAUUACCAUCUGUGUAGGGGCAGAGUGAGUAGUGUUGGAGGAGAGCGAGAGAGAAAAGGAAACAAAGUAGUGGUCGGAGACAUGGAGGGGAGUUGCAGUGAGAUUAGUAGAAGAGCAGCAUCUAGUAAAGAUGAGGUCAAGCGUAUUGCCUGCCUUGUGAGUAGGGGGGGGACGGUGAGAGGGUGAGGUCAAAAGAGGAGAGGAGUGGAAAGAAGGAGGCAGAGAGAAAUGAGUCAAAUGUGGACGUAGGGAGGUUGAAAUCCCCCAAAACUGUGAGGGGUGAGCCAUCCUCAGGAAAGGAACUGAGUGUAUGUGUAUGUAAACUUCCGACUUCAACUGUAUGUCACAGAGUUACGAAACCAGGAUCGUAUUCAUUAGGCACCAAACUGAAAAAAACCGGACUGUUUUCCGUUGCAAAAUGUUUUGCUACGGUGUGCCCUAAUGAAUAUGACCUAGCAUGAAUGGGAUAAAUACAUUCAACCACUGAAAACCCUCCUAUUUGCUGGCCAACAGAUUUUCUUGUGGAGUUUUCAUUCAAUAGGGGUUUUACUACAUUUAUCUUAAGCCAUCCCUUUAAACCUUUAAUUGGAAUUUUGUCAACAGACACAAAGCAAAUAAAAUUGUAUUUGUCACAUGCUUUGUAAACAACAGGUGUAGACUAACAGUGAAAUCCUUACUUACGGGCCGUUCCCAACAAUGCAGAGAAAAAAAUAUAGAAAUAAUAGAAAAAUAAUAACACAAGGAAUAAAUACACAAUGAGUAACGAUAACUUGUCUAUAUACACAGGGUACUGAGUCGAUGUGCAGGGGUAUGAGGUAAUUGAGGUAGAUAUGUGUAUAUAUACUGUACGUAGGGAAAGUGACUAGGCUACAGGAUAGAUGAUAAACAGUAGCAUCAGCGUAUGUGAAGAGUUAGUGCAUAAAGGGUCAAUCCAGAUAGUCCGGGUAGCUAUUGGUUAACUAUUUAAGUAACUAUUUAGCAGUCUAAUGGCUUUGGGGUAGAAGCAGUUUGGGUCCUGUUGGUUCCAGACCUGGUCACUAGAAUACAUUGAGAGAACGGGUUCACAAUAUUAGGGAUCAAUGAAUGAAAGCCAUCUAAAUAAAUGCAUAUUUGUCUCAGUUUCAACACCAACUGGUAGAUACUCUGAUUUUUUUAGAUUAUUUAGACAAAGUUUAGGGUUAGGAAAGUAUCUAUGAAUCAUAAACAACUGGUUUGGAGAGCCUUUAUGCACAAAAAUGCAGUGGUUCGACUAAUCCAUAUUCAAGUUCAAUCCAUUAAAUAUUGGAAGGUGAAAAAAGUGUACAGUAGUGGUUGAACAAUAGGCUAGUCCAAUAACUCUUCCAUAAUCCUCACUAAUCAUGGAACUGUAAUGACAACGGUCCAGUCGUCGUGAACUCUGCUCCAGGUUUAAACUGCUACGUGUGGUCUGAAUUCUAUAAUGAUUCAAAUACGCUACGUUAUUGUACAACGUUAGCCUAAUAUGAUCCACUAUUGCUAGCGACCCUCAGGAACAACUACACAGACAUGAGAAAGAAGGGUAAACUAAAUGGAAUUAUGUAAAAUGCAGGCUACAUAUUAAAGGAAAUGAACACUGAAGUGACAGUUAUAUAUAUGUGGGUAUUACUGACGGUGGCUCCCGAUAGUGGCUAAUAUUUAACAUGAUACAAAUUGUUAAAUAAAACUGAGGUAAGCCUGGGCAUAAUAAUUAAAACAUUCUAAAGCGCAUAAAUCAACUCUAUGUUCGGCGCUACAGAAGCCUAUAGUUUGGGUCUCCAAAUUCCAUCCCCGCAAAUUAUGAGGGCAUACAAUUAAAAUGUUGAAUAACGGCACAGCUAUUUAUAGCCUACUUUACUGUGGAAAAGGGGCCGCAACACAUGUCAAGUUAUGAUUUUCUGUUUGCUUCCAAAUGACUGUUCUUAUCAUAUCAAUUUAUAAAUUACAGUGCAUUGAGAAUGCUGUUAUUUCUAUUGGAAAAAAGAAAGUAGAUGCUUUUUCCACUUGGAACUGGCAGGUUCGCUCAACCUUAUUCAACUGUUUCCCUGUGCGUAAAGGUGGUGGAAUUCUUAGGGAAUUAAGUGAAGGUCAGAAUACGGUGUAGACACACCUCUGCCACGCCUCUUUCUUUGAUCUCCACCCCAAAUGUGUAACUUGGUGGCACUGGCAAUUUCCCCCUGCUUAAGUUCAAGGUCAGAAUACGCGUAGAGAGAAAAGUAGAUAAAAAGUGAAAAAAGUACAAUUUACUUGGGCGUAACUGUGGUCUGAAUUUCCUCCUAAUCGCUGCCAAAUAUGAGUCUAACAUGUAUUGGCUCAUGGGGUUCAAUACUUAUCUAAUCAAGAUAUAUUCGUUUUUCAUUUGCCAUGAAUAAUUUUAUUAUUGUAUGAUUUAUUUUGUCUAGAACUUUUAGAAGAAAAAAAAGACAAUUAAAUACUUUCUACCAUAGCAAACUACAUAACUAAUGCAUAAGAUGUCAACAACACAUCAAUUCCUUAAAGGUGCGAUGCAGUUAAAAACAAGAUUUUCCUGUUAAAAAAAAGAAGAUAUUUCCAUCAAAAAAAGUUUUAAAAACACUUUGAAAUUGUGAAAAUGAUGAUGCCCUUUUUGUGUAAGAGGUGUAAAAAAAGAAAGAAAAAAAGCUGGAAUUUCAUGAUGUCACAAUAUGACCAAUGACUGUUCAUCUGGGUAUGGGGGUGGGUGCUAGACCAUCCUAUCAGCCAAUCAGAGCUGUGUAUGUCAAUAUAGUCAUAUUUGUUUCCUAACGCCUACAUGAUCAGACUGAGCAUUUCACGGGCCAAAGGAGGCUCAGGGAAAUAAAUGAUAAAAAAUGUAUUUUUAAGUUAUUUUCAUAAACACACACAAUGAUUUAUUAGACAUACAGUGAUGAUUUAAAAAUACAAUUACAAAGACUGCAUGGGGGCUUUAAUUGGCAGUCUUUAAUUCAUUAAUUCUGCUUGAUUUGAAUUGAUCAUUUGGGUAUUUACCUUCUGUGUUUACCUUCAGUUUACCCUUAACAACAACACGCGAGAGCUAGGAUGACCUGUUAGACACUACUUGAUGUAACCAAGCUGGUUAGGACAAUGAGGUCCACCACUUGCUCAUUUGACCCUAUCCCCACUUCACUUGUCAAGACCUGCUUACCUGCUCUGGAGCCUUUCUUCACAGAAAUUAACAAGUCCCUCAUCACUGGUUGUGUCCCUCCUCAGCUCAAACUGUCUGCAGUCACACCAGUACUUAAAAAGCCUGGAUCUGACCAUGACAACCGCCAGAACUACAGGCCUAUUUUCAACCUGUCCUUCCUGAGGAAGGUCCUCGAACAUGCUGUUUCUAGCCAACUCCAAAACCUUCUGGCCAAUCACAACCUACUUGAGCCCUUCCAGUCGGGUUACAGAGCUAGACACAGUACCGAGACUGCCCUGGUAAGGGUAACCAAUGACCUCCUCAUGAAUGCUGACUGGGGCUGCCAGCAUCCUCAUACUGCUGUACCUCAGUGCAGCAUUCGGCACGGUCAGCCGUGCCAUCCUGCUGGACCGCAUGGAGAAGCUCCUGGGCCUGUCAGACACUGUCCUGGACUGGCCAUCGGUCCUAGUAGGUCAGACACAGUUGUGGUCCGACAGGGGGUCCCUCAAGGCUCAGUCCUGGGGCCACUAUUGAUUUGUAUCUACAUGCUGGCACUGGGAAACAUCUUGAGGAAACAAGGACUGGGCUUUCACUUUCAUGCUGAUGACACUCAGCUGUAUGUCUCCACAAACACUGACACUGCCAGUGCCACUGCACACCUGUGCACUUCUGGUCAGCUGCCUACAGGACAUCAAAGCGUGGAUGCAGUUGAGUUUACUGCAGUUAAACUGCAAAAAGACAGAGGUCGUCCUGAUUGACACGUGCACCAUCAUAAAACAACAUCAGCAGCUACAGCCUCAAUAUUGAUGAUGUCAAGGUCCUCCCCUCCAGUGAGGUUCACAACCUGGGUGUGAUAUUUGACAGUCAGCUCUCAUUUGAGGCCCACAUCAAAAUUGUGACCAGUCUCAUUUUUCAAUCUACGGAACAUUGCCAGGUUACGACCUAUGCUAUCACACCCUGCAGCUGAGCGACUCAUCCACUCCUUUAUUUCAUCCCGUUUGGACUAUCGUAAUGCCCUUUUUGUUGGCACAUCUGCCAAGUGCCUAAAACAGGCUACAAUAUGUCCAUAACUGUGCUGCACGUGUCCUCACCCACACCUCCCCCUGCGAGCACAUCACUCCAGUGCUGUUAACCUCCACUGGCUUCCCAUAUGCUCACGCAUAGACUACAAAAUCCUGGUUCACACCUACCAAGCUAUCCACAACUCUGGACCCAAGUACCGGUCUGACCUCCAUUCUACCCUCCUGCCCCACACGCACCCUUCGCUCCUCCAGAUCCGUCUCCCUUCAGCAGCCCCGCAGCAGACUAAAAUCUAUGGAUGCCAGGACUUUCAGUUGCAUGGCUCCGCUGCCGUGGAACGCACUUCUAGACACUAUUACGGCCGCAGAGUCUCUGUCCUCCUUUAAGGCACAGCUCAAGACUGUGCUGUUCAGAAAAGCUUUCAAGGACAUCUGCUAAUUCUGUUCCCAUGUCCUCCGGAUCUGGCGACACCUGUAUAUAGUUUUGUUUGUGUUUUAUAUUCUGGAUUGUUUAUUAUAAUUUUUGAGCACCUUGGGGGUAACAACAGUUCUUUACAUAUUAAACGUAUUAUUAUUUCUAUCCACCCAUAUUAUGGAGGCAAAUCCUGCCACUGUUCCAUACAGUAGACUCUAGUUCUCAUGCUUUUAUGUUAAUAUUUAUCACAAACCCUCAUUCGCUUGCUUGUUCACAGUGCAGUGAGUACACAUGGUAUUUCAAUAAUGUAGAAAUGCCAAAAGGAAUUCAGUUGUUUCCGGUUAAACAGUCUUCUUGGCAGUCUGUUGACCCCAUUAUGUUGAUUAAUGUACCUCCAUUUAUUACACCAUUACUCAUUGUCAUUAUUACAACGGUAUUAUGCUGUACCUCACUGACAUGCUCUAUUCCUCACGUUGUAUUACACCUCACUUAUUAUGCCAUUACUCACUGUUAUACCUUUUUAUAUGAUGAUAUACCUAAUUUUGACAUACUGUAUACCUCACACCUAAAAUACUGUUAGUCACACUAGUUAGAAAGUCCUUGGUUACUAUUGGGCCUUAUUGGUCAGUUUUGUAUAGAAACUGUCCUUUAUUGGUCAGAAUGUUCUACAAACUUUCUCCCUCUUCAUACCCUGAUCUCUUCCUGUUCCCCCAGACUGCAGGAGAGGAGGCGGAGUUCUGUGGUGGUCAGUCUGCCCGGAUUGGAUGUUUCGCCGGGGGACCUGUUUGUGUCCAAUGGGGCGGCAGACAUACUCAACUUCUCAGGUUAACGCCAAAGCUGCUUUUCUUCACUUUAUUGAUACAUUUUUGUCAACAGCUUGUUUUUGAUUACUUUUAAGACCAGAUUUUAGGCCUACAGUGUUAUUUGUUAUAGAUAUUAUUUUACAGUUACCUACAUAGAGAUCCUAUUAAAUUACUAUUUAAUAUUAGGAAUUAGUUAAGAAAUAGUAUUCUAAUUAUAUGGUUACCUAGCUAUGAUGUUAGUACCUGCAUCAGAAGUUCACUUACACAAAUAUAUAAGCAACAUUCCUUAACUAUUUUCAGAUUAUUGCCACAUUCAGGCAAAAUGAUAAGGCUGUUUGCACUUAAAGCGUCAUUUCCUGUAAAAUCCUAUCUAAUUUACAUUUUCUCAACAGCAGACCUAUGAAGCUAGGCCUUUGUAGAUAAUGACAAUACUGUGUUCUCCGUUUCCACAGACACCAAAAAACCCAAGUGGCCUUUCUCCAUACGUGGCACGGUAUGUGUGCUGUCUGUUUGUUGUUUUCCACCUGCUACACGCCCUAGCUAGCCUGCCCUGCCACCAGUCAGUCUAGUUGUUUGUGGUUUGUUUGCUAGUGCGUUGAAGCUGCCAGUGUGCUCAGGCAAGCUGCAAUGGAAUUAAGGAUAUUGUUCUCUGACCCACUUUUAAUCAAAGCAUAUUAAUGAAUACACUUUCUUCCCCUCUGUUCUCAUGGCCUCCUGAGAUUUCAUAAUGUGUCAACACACUGAGCCAAACCAAUUCAAUCCAAAUCAAUUCAUAUUAAAGGUGUUUGACCAGACUGAUAGAUAGAUGGGCAAAUAUAUGAACAAAACACUAUUUGUGUGUACUGUAGUUCACUGUUCCACUGUUCACUUCCAUAAGUGCAUGACCGUGCACACAAGCGGGCACACACACACACACGCUCGUACUCAUACACAUACGCUCGUACUCAUACACACACAGAUACAUACACACAUUCACUCUUACUAUACACACACACACAUUCCCACUUAGACAAACAGACACUCAUAUCUAUAGUAAAAAGAAAACGGAUUGAUUGUUCAAGUAAUGUUUGACCUGUAUUUGUUCCUCUCAGACUAAAGGGAAAACAACACGCACUUCAUCUGAUAUUGAGAAAUGUCUAUUGAAGGAACGGAUUCAAGACUGGAGGGACACAGACUUCCAGAAGUACAAGGUGAGGAAAGGCAUAUGAACACCAGAGCUGAAGAAGCCCUUUUCCCUCCUAGCUGUGUAAUGUCUAAUUGUUACAUGUCUGCAUUUGUAACUUGGGACCCAGUCAUAAUUGAGUCAGUGCUCCUAAGAAUUACUAUAGGAACAAGGAAGCCCAUGAAACCUAUAAAUGACACAUUGGACGGGAACAAGACUUUAUUGUUGGCCUACGCACAUGACAACCAUACAUUUAUAAACUUUAUCUAGACAGCAGACGAUAAUAGAGUUACAGCAUUGAGGAUAGUAACAAGACAGGUUACAGAAUGCUGUCGCCUUGUACUUAUGACCGCACCGGCACAGCCGUGUUAAAACCACAAUGAAUCAGCCCCCCCGUGUAUUAUGGUUUUAGUAUUAUUCAAAUAACAUAUAUCCAACCAUCCAUCUGUCUUAUCAUUCCCUCCAUCCCCAGGACUGUUCUCUAGAGGAGUUCCUGAGGAACUGUGAUUCGUCUCAGCUGAUGUCUGACUGUGACCCUCAGGACUACAAGAGACAGGAAGCCAUCUGGGAACUCUUCACCAGCGAGUGUGUUUACUUCCUGGAUCAGCUCAUGGUGCUCAAAGAGGUGACUUACUAGAUAUACGCCGCCACACACACACACACACACACACACACACACAUACUUUUGAACAGGAAUGGCGCCUCACCACUGCAACCAAACACCUUUGCUUUGUGUGGCUUUGUUGGGGAACUCUUUCUUCAGCUUUAGAUGAAAUGUUACCUCAUCUCUACUAUGAAAUCGAAUACAGCACAAACAGAUCCAACCCCUCCCUUUUGUUUGUGUUUCUUUGUGUAAUAUCUAAUAUAUUUCUAAUGUGUUUGUGUUUUUAAUGUGUUUAAUUAAAAAUAAAUAUAUAUAUUGUGUCCUUCAGGUGUUUCUGGCCACGCUGACCAACUUGCAGAUGAAGGACUGCCUGCCUGACGUGGACUCUUGGAGGCUGUUUGCCAACCUCAACGAGCUGUGUCUGGUGAGACCAUAGAGCUACAUACUGUAUAUUACAUUAGGUUGGAUUAGUAGGGCUGUGACGGUCAUGGAAUUUUGGAUGGCGGUAACUGGCCAGCCGAAUGACUGCAGCUCCUUAAUAACCGUUUGAAUACUUCUUAUUUUCCUCUCCUGACUGCAUGUGCUGAUAUAGAAAUAGAAUGAAUAGAACGGGCCUCCCCAUUCAAGUCAAUGAUGGCGUAAUGGGACUGGCAGCCAUUGCGAGUGUACCCAUUGGAGCGAUGCAGGAAAUAAAAGCAGGAAGUGUAACCAUCAAUUUGUGCUAUGAUUUGUUGACAUAAAAAAUAUACAUUCCAUUGCAUGAGCCACAUCAGUUUACAUCAUUUGAAUGAACAUUCUACAUUACCAUGGACAUUUUUGCAUCACAAUACCAGGCAGACAUUGCGAGUGUACCCAUGUAAUGAGUUUACCAGUCAAAUUGCCAGGGUUAGAGCUUCCAAGCCGUUCUAUUCAUUCUAUUUCUAUGUGUGCUGCUGCUGCACUGUGGGGGGCGUUGCCUAGGCAACCGAAGACUUGUUUGCUACAACACCUUGCUUGUUUUAGCAAGGAGCAACAAACUUUCUUCACGUUGUUGAGUCCAUUACCGCAGAAACCAUUACAUCUUCAGUCAUCUGUUCAUUCCUAAAGUAUGAUCUUUUUUAACCCCCUAGAGUCGAUUGACACAACAGUGCGUCAAUCUAAGUAACAUGAUAAAAAAAUCCCCAUCAAAAUCCAUCGGUUUUAAGCUAGAGAUAUCUGUGUUGAAAGGUGGCAGAGAUAGAGUGGUGUUUGUCAGACCAUGAGACAUCCCGAAAAUCGGUCUUCUCACGAAAACGUAUGUAGCGUCCGAAUGGUUUGACCUUCAAACUACUAUGACCACUCUAUGUAAAGAGGAGACUCACGAUGGUGGUUUCCGUUUUGCUCUACGACCCCCCACAAGUGUCACGGGACUUGUCUGAAGGUGUGUGUGUAUACAUACAUACAUACAGUACCAGUCAAAAGUUUGGACACCUACUCAAGGGUUUUUCUUUAUUUUUACUAUUUUCUACAUUGUAGAAUAAUAGCGAAGACAUCAAAACUAUAAAAUAACACAUAUGGAAUUAUGUAGUAACCAAAAAAGUGUUAAACAAAUCAAAAUAUAUUUAAAAUUCUUCAAAGUAGCCACCCUUUGCCUUGAUGACAGCUUUGCACACUCUUGGCAUUCUCUCAACCAGCUUCACCUUGAAUGCUUUUUCAACAGUCUUGAAGGAGUUCCCACAUAUGCCGAGCACUUGUUGGCUGCUUUUCCUUCACUCUGCGGUCCGACUCAUCCCAAACCAUCUCAAUUGGGUUGAUGUCGGGGGAUUGUGGUGUCCAGGUCAUCUGAUGCAGCACUCCAUCACUCUCCUUCUUGGUAAAUUAGCCCUUGCAGAGCCUGGAGUGUUGGGUCAUUGUCCUGUUGAAAAACAAAUGAUAGUCCCACUAAGCCCAAACCAGAUGGGAUGGCGUAUCGCUGCAGAAUGCUGUGGUAGCCAUGCUGGUUAAGUGUGCCUUGAAUUCUAAAUAAAUCACAGACAGUGUCACCAGCAAAGCACCCCCACACCAUAACACCACCUCCUCCAUGCUUUACGGUGAGAAAUACACAUGCGGAGAUCAUCCAUUCACCCACACCGCUUCUCACAAAGACACGGCGGUUGGAACCAGAAAUCUCCAAUUUGGACUCAAGACCAAAUUACAGAUUUCCACCGGUCUAAUGUCCAUUGCUCGUGUUUCUUGGUCCAAGUAAGUCUGUUAUUCUUAUUGGUGUCCUUUAGUAGUGGUUUCUUUGCAGAAAUUCGACCAUGAAGGCCUGAUUCACACAGUCUCUUCUGAACAGUUGAUGUUGAGAUUUGUCUGUUACUUGAACUGUGAAGCAUUUAUUUGGGCUGCAAUUUCUGAGGCUGGUAACUCUAAUGAACUUCUCCUCUGCAGCAGAGGUAACUCUGGGUCUUCCAUUCCUGUGGCGGUCCUCAUGAGAGCCAGUUUCAUCAUAGCGCUUGAUGGUUUUUGCAACUGUACUUGAAGAAACGUUCAAAGUUAUUAAAUGUUCCGUAUUGACUGACCUUCAUGUCUUAAAGUAAUGAUGGACUGUCAUUUCUCUUUGCCUAUUUGAGCUGUUCUUGCAUAAUAUGGACUGUUACCAAAUAGGGCUAUCUUCUGUAUAUCCCCCUACCUUGUCACAACACAACUGAUUGGCUCAAACACAUUAAAAGGAAAUAAAUUCCACAAAUUAACUUUUAAGAAGGCACACCUGUUAAUUGAAAUGCAUUCCAGGUGACUACCUCAUGAAGCUGGUUGAGAGAAUGCCAAGAGUGUGCAAAGCUGUCAUCAAGGCAAAGGGUGGCUAUUUGAAGAUUCUCAAUUACAAAAUAUAUUUUGAAUUGUUUAACACUUUUUUGGUUGCUACAUGAUUCCAUAUGUGUUAUUUUAUAGUUUUGAUGUCUUCACUAUUAUUCUACAAUGUAAAAAGAAAGAAAAACCCUUGAAUGAGGAGGUGUGUCCAAACUUUUGACUGGUACUAUAUAUAUAUAUAUAUAUAUAUAUAUAUAUAUAUAUAUAUAUAUAUAUAUAUAUAUAUAUAUAUAUAUAUUACACACACAGUGGGGAGAACAAGUAUUUGAUACACUGCCGAUUUUGCAGGUUUUCCUACUUACAAAGCAUGUAGAGGUCUGUAAUUUUUAUCAUAGGUACACUUCAACUGUGAGAGACGGAAUCUAAAACAAAAAUCCAGAAAAUCACAUUGUAUGAUUUUUAAGUAAUUAAUUUGCAUUUUAUUGCAUGACAUAAGUAUUUGAUACAUCAGAAAAGCAGAACUUAAUAUUUGGUACAGAAACCUUUGUUUGCAAUUACAGAGAUCAUACGUUUCCUGUAGGUCUUGACCAAGUUUGCACACACUGCAGCAGGAAUUUUGGCCCACUCCUCCAUACAGACCUUCUCCAGAUCCUUUAGGUUUCGGGGCUGUCGCUGGGCAAUACGGACUUUCAGCUCCCUCAAGAUUUUCUAUUGGGUUCAGGUCUGGAGACUGGCUAGGCCACUCCAGGACCUUGAGAUGAUUCUUACGGAGCCACUCCUUAGUUGCCCUGGCUGUGUGUUUCGGGUCGUUGUCAUGCUGGAAGACCCAGCCACGACCCAUCUUCAAUGCUCUUACUGAGGGAAGGAGGUUGUUGGCCCAUCCAUCCUCCGCUCAAUACGGUGCAGUCGUCCUGUCCCCUUUGCAGAAAAGCAUCCCCAAAGAAUGAUGUUUCCACCUCCAUGCUUCACGGUUGGGAUGGUGUUCUUGGGGUUGUACUCAUCCUUCUUCUUCCUCCAAACACGGCGAGUGGAGUUUAGACCAAAAAGCUCUAUUUUUGUCUCAUCAGACUACAUGACCUUCUCCCAUUCCUCCUCUGGAUCAUCCAGAUGGUCAUUGGCAAACUUCAGACGGGCCUGGACAUGCGCUGGCUUGAGCAGGGGGACCUUGCGUGCGCUGCAGGAUUUUAAUCCAUGACGGCGUAGUGUGUUACUAAUGGUUUUCUUUGAGACUGUGGUCCCAGCUCUCUUCAGGUCAUUGACCAGGUCCUGCCGUGUAGUUCUGGGCUGAUCCCUCACCUUCCUCAUGAUCAUUGAUGCCCCACGAGGUGAGAUCUUGCAUGGAGCCCCUGACCGAGUCGAUUGACCGUCAUCUUGAACUUCUUCAAUUUUCUAAAAAUUGCGCCAACAGUUGUUGCCUUCUCACCAAGCUGCUUGCCUAUUGUCCUGUAGCCCAUCCCAGCCUUGUGCAGGUCUACAAUUUUAUCCCUGAUGUCCUUACACAGCUCUCUGGUCUUGGCCAUUGUGGAGAGGUUGGAGUCUGUUUGAUUGAGUGUGUGGACAGGUGUCUUUUAUACAGGUAACGAGUUCAAACAGGUGCAGUUAAUACAGGUAAUGAGUGGAGAACAGGAGGGCUUCUUAAAGAAAAACUAACAGGUCUGUGAGAGCUGGAAUUCUUACUGGUUGGUAGGUGAUCAAAUACUUAUGUCAUGCAAUAAAAUGCAAAUUCAUUACUUAAAAAUCAUACAAUGUGAUUUUCUGGAUUUUUGUUUUAGAUUCAGUCUCUCACAGUUGAAGUGUACCUAUGAUAAAAAAUGACAGACCUCUACAUGCUUUGUAAGUAGGAAAACCUGCAAAAUCGGCAGUGUAUCAAAUACUUGUUCUCCCCACUGUGUAUGUGUGUGUGUGUGUAUAUAUAUAUAUAUAUAUAUAUAUACUUUUUUUUUAAAGCUUUCUUAUAUUUACGUUUUACAUUUUAGUUAUAUCUCCUAGAUAUAGGACAGACACUUCAAAACCUUGUUCUUUGAAUGUCUUUUUUGCCAUUUAUGAAUGUGUUAUUCAAUGCGUUUCUCUGGGCUAUAGUAGUAAAAGCCAAAUUCAUUUUUUUUCAAAAAAAAUUUGAUACCUAAAAGGGUCCUAAAAUUAUAAAUCAAAUUGCUAAAUGAUCCAUUAUGACCAUUUUAAAACAAUUCCAAAUGUCAGCUUAGAACCGAUCUCUAUUAUACUCUAUUAUAUGACUACACAGCAAUAGUCUAUGGCAUGACAUCUUCAUGUAGACUUUGUCUAUCUAUGAUAUUACAUUUUCUUGUGGACUCUGUAAUGUGAUGUGUUGUUCCCCAGGUGAGCUUUGGCUUCCUCACCAGCCUGCUGCAUGUCAUCAAGGAGUCCUGGAAGAUUCCAGUAGCAGGGGGCGGGCCCACCCCCACCCUGCAGGAGCUCCUCCUCAAGGUAUGGACACACACACAAACACACACACGUUCAAAUACUUGAAUGCACAAGCACACGUGUUUACACACACAGAGAAUAUUCUAUUCUACUGUAAUUUACUUUACAUUUGUAUUCUUAGAUUGUAUUAUUUUGUUGCGUUGUCGAGAAGGAACCUACACGUAAGCAUUUCGUUGGACGGUGUAUGCCAUGUGUAUCCUGUACAUACGACUAAUACAACUUGAAACAGGCGCGCACACACACACUCAUUAUAAACCAGAGAACAAGUAUAAAAUCAUAAGUAUCAAUAUAAUUAGUCAUGUGUUGUUUUAAAAAGUGACCUACUCAAAUAUGGUAUACUAGACGUAAAUCUCUAUCACCCUCCAUGAAAUUAUCUAUGAAUAAGUAGCACAGUUUUUCCUGUGGCCCAGCAGCUUUUUUUCUUUUCCAAAUGAUAUACUGUCUAUACACACCACAUAUUUAUAUUCUGGAUUCCUACACUCUACUUUGGAUUGUUAUUUCUUGAUGAGAAUUGUAGCAUUAUUUAUGUAUUUUAAUUGUAUUAAACAUUCUACUGCACUGUUGGAGCUAGUAACAUAAGCAUUUCGCUGCACUUGCUAUAAUAGUGGUUCCCAACCAGGGGUACAUUUUUUACAUUUGAUUCAUUUAGCCGACGCUCUUAUCCAGAGCGACUUACAGUUAGUGCAUUCAUCUUACUAGGACCCCUGGGGGUACUUGGCCUAUCCAUAGGGGGUACUUGAGAAGACCCAUGAGACCAUAGGCUUACUGGUAAAAUGCACAUGAGGGGGUACUCCAGGGGUACUCCUGGCAGAGCAAAAUUCAGUUGGUGGUACAGUAACCCAAAAAGGUUGGGAACCACUGUGCUAUUACACCGGCAAAUCUGUGUACACGACCAAUAAACUUUGAUGAGAUUUUUCUGUUUCUCUAUGAGCUUACUGCUUAGCUAACCAUUUACAUAUAUCUCUCUCUAUCUGUUGGCAGGCGAUCCGGGAGAGCAUAUGCCACUGUCUGCAGAAAUACUGCCUCAACUAUUCCACUGCACUCUUUUAUCUGGACAGCCUGAAGCACAGAGAGGACUUUGGCUCCUACGUGAAGGUACACUGUACUGCAGGCCGGAGCCGCCGAGCGCUGCUUAUUUGGAACUAUAAAUCAGGGUUGGUUGGGGCAAGGUUGCGCUGUACCUUGUCCCUAACAACCACACACAAUAAUGCAGUAAGGUAGGAUAGAACCGGGUCAAGUGUGAGCGAACAGAGUCACUGGGGCUCGCUGACAAUUGGAAUGUGACAAUUAGUCUCCUGCGAUUGUGACUCUUUCUUUUUUGCAACCCUGCUGUUUUUUUGCUCUCAGCUGAGAUCAUUUUUCUUCCUCACAACUUCCCUUUCCCUCCUACCCUACCCCAUCCCUCAGUUCUCCCUAAUACGUGCUCUCUUUCACUCUUACUUCCUGACCUGUCUCUUCUCUUUCUCUUAUUUUCUCCCACACUCUUACUCAAUUGCUUUCUCUCUCAAUAUCAGAUUUUGUCACAGACUUACUUAUCAACCUACUUAUAGUACUUAAUUUGGCUUUAACUCUCUCUCCCCUCUAUGCUCUCUCUCUCUCUCCCCUUUACGCUCUCUCUCUCUCUCUCCCCUCUACCUCCUCUCCUCUCUCCCCUCUAACCGCUCGCUCCCCCUCUACGCUCUCUCUCUCUCUCUCUCACACUCUACGCUCUCUCUCUCUCCUCUUCUCACUCUCCUCCCUUUCCCCUCUACGACGCUCUCUCUCCUCUCAUCUCCGCUCUGCACCCCCCCCCUCUACCCUCUCUCUACUCUCUCUCUCUCUCCCUCUCUACGCUCUCUUCUCUCUCCCCUCUACGCUCUCUCUCUCUCUCCCCUCUACGCUCUUCGCUCUCUCCCUCUAUCUCUCUCUCCCCUCUACGCUCUCCUCUCUCUCUCUCUCCCCUCUACCGCUCUCUCUCUCCCCUCUACGCUCUCGCUCUCUCUCCCUCUACCCUCGCUCUCUCUCUCCUCCCUCUCGCUCUCCCCUCUCGCGCUCUCCUCUCUCCCCUCUACGCUCCUCUCUCUCUCCUCCUCUCUCUCCCUCUAAUCCUCUCUCUCUCUCUCUCUCCCCCUCUUUCCCCUCUCUCUCUCUCUCCCCUCUCGCCUCUCUCUCUCAUCCCCUCUACUCUCUCUCUCUCUCUGCCCCCCUACGCCUCUCUCUCUCUCUCCCUCUACUUACGCUCUCUCUCUCCCCUCUCUACGCUCUCGUCUCUCUCAUCUCAUCUCCGUCUCCUCCAUCUCUGCCGUCUCUCCUCUCUCCCCUCUACGCGCUCUCUCUCUCCCCUCUACGUGCUCUCUCUCCCCUCUACGCGCUCUCUCUCCCCUCUACGCUCUCGCUCUCUCUCCUCUAUGCUCUCUUUCUCUCUCUCUCCUCUCUACGCUCUCUUUCUCUCUCUCUCUCUCCCCUCUACGCUCUCUUUCUCUCUCCCCUCUACGCUCUCUCUCUCUCCCCUCUACGCUCUCUCUCUCCCCACUACGCUGUCUUUGUCUCUCUCUCUCCCCUUCCUUCUUAGUGGUGUGAGAGGAACCAGGAGUGUCGGAGACUGCAGUUGCGUGACCUGUUGGUGGCGCCGUUGCAACGUCUGACCCGCUACCCCCUGCUGCUGAAGAACGUGGGGAAGAGGAGCCGGACGGAGGAGGAGGAGAGCGCCCUGCAGAGAGUGGUGGACCAGGUGGACACCUCCAUAUGUGAGCAUCCCCCUCCUUCACCCUUGCCACUGAAACACUGUAUUGUAAAACCCCAUCACUACACAGGCUGCUGUACCAUAUCUCCUAUUUGCCUGGCCUUGAACAGAUGCAUCUGGUGAGGCUCUUUGAUGUUUUCAGCAUGAUGCGUCAAUCAUGAAGGGGGCUGUGCGUUUAUACUGGUUGGUUUUCCUCUGAGUCUUUUUCACUCAAACACCCACACAGCCCCUGAACACUGCCCGCUUCACAACUGUUCAUUUUCAAUUAAAAACAGAAAGUCUUAUUUCCCCAUAACAUCCAAUGAGAAUAACAAAAUAGCUUUGCCAGACCAUUGCCUACAAUGUGUACAACAUGGUCAGGAUCUCAGGCGAAUCUGAUAUUUCUACAAAACAGUGCAACCUUACCACACUACUUUAUUGCACAUUCUUACUGCAACACAUGACUACGUUACGUUACCCCUCACCACCACACUGACUCUCUAUAGUCAGUGGAUCAUCACACAUAUUAUUAGUGUAAAUAAAUCUGACUUGGAAUUCUGUGAAGCCAUUAUUGGAUUAUCUGGGUUAUUUGCAUAAUGGCUGAUGUUAUCAGCUGAGGUGACUCAUCUAAACCUAAUUCAACAGUAGUUAGUCAUCACUAGUGGCUCCUCUGUCUCUAACCACAACAUGAACGUUUUUGCCAUGUAAGGAAACUUUAACAUACACAAGCAGAGUCAGUCAGCUAUCCUCUCCUGUGUCUUACUAUGGAGGAAAACAUAGAAAUAGAAUUCUAAAUGGCCACCGGUCCUCCUAUCACCCCCAUUGACUUGAAUGGAGAUGCCAUUCUAGGAGUUCUAUUUCUACGUAGGAAACAGCAGCCCUGCCGUUCAGGCCAUCAGCUCUAGGGGUUUUUCUGACAGAGCUAUGUGGGCUUUUGUCAGCCACUUACACAUCUCCUGGCUUAACUCACAUCUUCACGCCCAUUACAAAAUAUACACUGUGGAAAAGUUAAUUUGCACACAGUCUUCUCAGCAAAUACAACCAAGGGGGAUAUACAAAUACAUGUAUUUUAGAAAUGGUAACAAAUAGGCAGUUUGUUUGUUUGUUUGUUUGGGCAGCAACCAAAAUCUGUGACAGUUGAAGUCUUCUCUGCGUGCCUGUACUUGCAGACGCGUUUUGGUGGUUCACUCUAUAACUAGAUGGACAGGACCGGCUGUGGGGAAAUGUGUACCAGUAUUGUACCUUGAAUGUGAUUGUUAUUGUAUAUCGAACCUGCUUUUUCUAUUCCAGUGCUUUUACUGUGUGCUUCAAAGUUCUUUCCCAUAGCCAGGGUGUGACUGUACAGACAAUAACAGAGGUAUACAGGGAGUUGAUGAGGCCUGGGAAUAGCAUUGUCACAAUGGCAGGCUGGGCUGAAUAGGUCAAUGUUUAAUGGGUGCGGUGGGUGUAUACAGUAAGAGGUGGGCGCAGUCUAAUCUCUGAAUGUGAUUGUUGCAUCAUAGAUCACACCUAUGUUGAGACACACAGACAACUGUCGUCAUCAUUUAAUGAUAUCCGUAUCAGCAACUUUUGAGAUGCAACAUCAGAGAUACAAUUUCAAAUUGCUUUGUUUCAUUGCCAAUGCCAGACAAAUUGAUAGUUCAAUAAAAAUUGUGCACAUAGCUGAACAUUUUACAAAGUACAUUUACGUCAUUUAGCAGAUGCUCUUAUCCAGAGCGACUUACAAUUAGUGAGUGCAUACAUCUUUCAUACUGGCCCCCCGUGGGAAGUAUGUACUAUAGUACUAUAUUAUUAAAUUAAUAUGAAGUUACAUAAAUUAUAUUAAUAUAAUCUGAUGACAACAAAGUGACAUCCUUGUUAAGACUGUUAUGUGUGUUCCAAAGCCAGGAAUACGCCAGCCAGAAUCGAUGUUCCUAAUUAGUGUGCACUGCUCACUAUCAAACAGUGGUGGAGUGGAAUGCAGUUUAGUGUCCUUGUUGGUUUGUUUGUGUCACACACAUCCCUCCCCCUCUGUGUGUGGUUGUGUGUGUGUUGUGUGGGUGUGUUUUGUUGUGUGUGUGUGGGUGUGUUUUGUAGGUGAUCUGGAGGGCAAAGUCAAAUGGCUGGACAACUACCAGAAGGUGAAACAGCUGAGAGAUGCCCUGGUGUGGCUGCCAGUGUGGGAGAGAGGCAAGCGGGCCUUCGUCCCUGAGGUAAGGGUCCAUUCACAAUAGUGAGAGAGUUGAGCUUUGAAUACCAAACUGGGUUUGCACAAAUACAUAAUAGAAUAUAAUUCACUUAAUUGACUUAAUCCUCUUAGUUCCUGGAGGAACAUGGGCCUCUGUACUUAGUUCCUGGAGGAACAUGGGCCUCUGUACUUAGUUCCUGGAGGAACAUGGGCCUCUGUACUUAGUUCCUGGAGGAACAUGGGCCUCUGUACUUAAGCUUUCCAAUGAUGCUGGUCUUGGGUUGGUGUCUUUACCUCUGGCCACGAAAAAUGGAUAUUCUUUGGUUUGGAUUAGAAUAGAACAGAUCAUAUGGUUAACGUUUGAUACACAAGUCAGAUACAGUACAACAACAACUUAGCUGUAUCUUGAAUGAUAUCAAUGCAUUGAUGUAAAGUAAAGAGAAAGCUGUCUGAAGCAUCUUAGUUUUUUCAGAUAAAAAUCAAGUGAUAUCUGAACAUCAUGAUCCGCAAAGCUAGAUAUGCAUGCAAGAGAUAUAACGGUGUGAUAUGAUAAAAAUAAAAUAUACUCCCACCACAUAUGAACUCGUAAGAAUGCAAAUAAAUUAUGCGUCUACCCACAACCUAACCUCAGCCCUUCAUUUGGCUAUGAACAGAAUCUGAAGCAUCUCCUGAAAGCAGUCACCCUGGAAAACCUCAUCGCUCGUCGGAGCCUCCUGCACGAGGGCAAACUAGUGCUCACAGGUCGGUGACAUACAGAGUAAUCAGACAAGACUAAUUAUAAUUACGUUUGAAGUACUGUAGUUUUACAUCGGCCAUGUCCUGACAUCAUCUCUAUAUGUGUUACCACCAGAGAAUGCCAAGCUGCAUGAUGUGUACCUGUUUCUCUUUGACGAGUUCCUCCUCAUCACCAAGAUCAAGAGGAACAAGAAGGUAGGACCCAUAUCUAUAUGAUUUUCUCACAUAUAUACUUAACUACAUAUGUAUUAUAACUUACUUAACAACUACCUACGUAUAGUACUUAAAACAACUACUUACGUAUAGUACUUAAUCCUCUAAUAAUCCCCCCCCCCCCGUUUAGAAGUCCACAGGUCCUGAACAGAAUCCUUUGCGCCUCCCUCAGAACCAGGAGUUUGACCAGCUGCUGAAGGAGGGCUGUACAUUCACCGUCCUGGACCAGCCCGUCUCGCUGGACCGCCUCCAGCUCAAGAGCGUCGACCAACUCAACGCAGCAGGUGGGGAGGGAUCAACACCUGCAUGAUAUAUUAAUUGAAAAAGGCCAGCACUCAAUUAUAUAGUUUCCACAGUUUAAGGAACAUGUCCUAGUAACACACACAAGCAUUUUGGCUUUUGUCAACCUUAAUGUGAUUGUCAAAUCAAAGUUUAUUUGUCAUAUGCACAGGAUACAGCGGGGAGUAAAUGGUAAAAUGACAUGCUUAGUUGCAAGCUCUCCUCUCAACAGUGCAGUAACUUAACAGUGUAUGUUUUUAUGGAAAAUAAUGUACAACCUGAUCCCAGGACCUCAUCACUGAUUUAAACAUAGGCCUAUGAACAUCUACUAAUCUAUUACAUUUAGGCUAUUUGGCACUUGUUCACACCUCUUGCUUUACUUCAGGGUUUCCCAAACUCAGUCCUCGGGACCCCAAGGGGUGUACAUUUUGAUUUGUGAUGUAGCACUACACAUCUGAUUAAAUAAUCAACUAAUCAUAAACUUUGAUCAUUUGAAUCAGCUGUGUAGUGUUGGGGCAAAAACCAAAACGUGCACCUCCAAGGGAUCCCGAGGACAGUUUGGGAAACGCUGCUUUACUUACUGAUAAGAUACUGACUUGAUAUCAAUAAUGAAACCUAUGAUAAAAACAUAUUGUGCAAUCCACAGUUAUCUAAACCGCAGAUUAGUAAUCUGUAAUCGAUUACAGUAUCAGUCCUGAGUUAUUUGUUCAGUACUCUUCCUUCUGUACUGCUUAUGUGUGUUUGCAACAGAACUGGUCCCGUGUGGCUCAGUUGGUAGAGCAUGGCGCUUGCAAUGCCAGGGUUGUGGGUUCGAUUCCCACAGGGACCAGUACGAAAAUGUAUGCAUUCACUACUGUAAAUCACUCUGGAUAAGCGCAUCUGCUAAAUGUAAACUGAGUUGUAUUCAUUAGAAGCAAAAGGGCCAAAACAGGGAGGCACUACCUGAACUUCCAAUAAGAAACGCUUGCUUUCAUUUUCCGGGACAAAACUUUUUCUAUGUUUUUCUACGGUGUGCACUAAUGAAUAUGACCCUGCCAUGUUUCCUCCUUCUCUUCUCAGCGUCAGGGCUACCCCAAUCCUUCAUCAUCAUGCACCAGAACCGCUACCAGCAGUGUAUCGCUGCCUUCGUUCUACAAGCGCCGUCCGAGGCCGUCAAGGUACAGUAAGAGCACUCUGAACUUAAAGUAAACGCACUGUACGUGUUGUAGGCCUAACAAAAACACUGUAUUUUUACAUUGCAUACCGAUUUGGUUGUUCAUGUGUAAAUGCACCAUGGUGUCUGGCAACAUUUCGUUAUGUGGUAUCUCAUGUUACGCUAUCUUAUGUAAGGCAUGGAUCUAUCAUUAUCAUGAAAUUCCCAUCUCAAACAGCAGGGUCAAAGAUUAUUAAUUUUAGAUGAGUUGCUAGUUGAAUACUGCCAUAUAAAAUCCUUCAUUCAUCACCAUGUUUAAUUCCCAUGCCUGAUAAUAAUCAUUGUUGAGCUAUUUACAGUCUAUAUUUGUCUAGGAGAUUUUCUCUGAGCAAACAUACAAAUUGCUAUCCUCCCAGAAAUCAAGUGACUCGCUCCAGUUAGUGUUUGUCAUAGUGCUGAGCGAUUUAGUGCUUUUUGAGGUUGUUUCGGUCCGAUUAUUUAAAAAAGAAUCAUGGCUUUCGGUUUAAAUGUAUUUUUGACAUUAAAAGCACUGUGCAUUAUGUGGGUUGAAUGCUGUAACAACACAGAAUAAAACAAUUAAUUUAAGUCCCAUGAUGGUAGUGACUGCCCAUUACUGCUUAUCACUUAUGAACCAUAAUUUAUUCACAUUACUUUAAUAAAAUAUUUGUUUUAUUUGAUGACUAUUUAAUUCCAAGUCAUCUCAUCUCUAAAGAGCUGCUGCCUAUGCUGUCUUACAAAAUCACUAUUUUUGUAGUUGUUCAAAGUAAAUAAGGCAUACUUUUAUGACUUCUGAAUACCAACUAUCAAGAUCAACUGCUUUCUAUCCCUCUCGAUUGCUAGUUCUCUCUUCUCUGUCUGUGUCCUGCUCCGCACAGAUGAACAAGUUUAAGUGGGCCCGCAAUGGAUUAGGGUCAUUGUAGUUAAUUACCAUGUUUUAUUUUACUAAACUAUGUAAAAUAUUGGCCUAUUGGAAACUACAACUCCCUACUACAUUGCACAGUUCAGGCUUGAUCUGAUUUAUCUCUACAGAAACUGCACAUCGAGCUCACAGAAAAAAACUGAACGAAAUGGAAUUCAAAUAAUAGAACAGACUUCAGUCAAUCAAAUAACCUACAUUUCGGUUAAUUGCUCAGCACUAGUUGGUCAUCAGACGAUCGGACACAAGCAGAGAAGUGUGUAUUCCAAUACCUUGCUCGUUGAUACAUCUAGGUUAGGUGGAAUAUCCUUCAUUACUAGGCAUGAGUGAGGUUGCAAAGGGUGGGUAUAUUACUGGAAACUUUCAAAGUUUACCAGUAAACUACCAGAAUUUUGGUGUCUUUCAAUGAUUUUAUGUAAUUAUCACGACAUCUAGUGACCCUUUUGGGUACUUCAGAUUAUCACAGGUGUCUAAUCUCUGGCCCUCUCUCUGGCAUUAUCACGUGGAAAAUAUAUUUAAUAAUUCAAUAAGAUUAUUUUUUAAAUAAAAAAUAUAAAGCUGUAAAACAUUAUCGUUAAUAUAAACCAACUUAAGUCCCGAUUCCAAUUUAGGAAAUUAUGCCUUUCUCAGUAGUUGGUAUUCAGACUUACCUUGUGCAGGUGCAAAACAGGCUUUGCAGGCGUGGUUCCCUUGCACACUCUGAUUAAAUGUAAUUAAACUGUUGAAAACCCUCCCACUUGCUGGCAUCAGAUUUUCUCCUGGAGUGUUCAUUCAAUAGGGUUGUCAGUACAUUUAUCUUAAUGGUGUACCUUUUUAUUUGAAUAUUGUUGACAGACUAGAAUACAUUGAGAGAACAGGUUCAGAAAAUAGGGAUCAGUUCGCUGCAGCUAGCGACUGGAGUGAGCUGCAAAAAAACACUCAAACUGGACAGUUUUAUCUCCAUCUCUACAUUCGGACUCAAUCAUGGACACGCUUACUAACACUUGUGGCUGCUUCACGUGAUGUAUUGUUGUCUCAACCUUUUUGCCCUUUGUGCUGUUGUCUGUGCCUAACAAUGUUUGGACCAUGUUUGUGGUGCUAACAUGUUGUGCUAAUGCCAUGUUGUCAUGUUGUGUUGCUGCCAUGCUUUGUUGUUGUAUGGAGUGUUGUGGUGUCUCUCUUGUCGUGAUGUGUGUUUUUGUCCUAUAUUUUUAUUUUUAAUCCCAGCCCCCGUCCCAGCAGGAGGCUUUUUGCCUCUUGGUAAGCCAUAAUUUUGUUCUUAAUUGACUUGCCUAGUUAAAUAAAAAUACAAAAUAAAAAUGAAAGAAACCAUCUAAAUAUAUGCAUAUUCAUCUCCGUUUCAACACCGACUGGUAGAUGUAAAAACUCUGAUCUUGUAGAUUAUGUAGGCACAUUUUGGGGUUAGGAAAGUAUAUAUGAAUCAUUAAAAAAAAGCAGGUUUAGAGCCUUAACGCACUAAAUAUAUUGAUGAAUUAAAAAUAGUGGUUUGAUUCAUCCUGAAAGUUGUCAUAUUCAAGUUCAAUCCAUGAAAUAUUGGAAAGUGGAUGAAAGUGUACAAUAGGGGUUGAACAAGUCCUAUAAAUCCACCUUAAUUCUCACUAAUCAUGGAACUGUAUGACAACGGUCCAGUCGUCAUGAACCAUCCGCCAGGCUCCAGGUUUAACCUGCUACGUGUGGUCUGAGUUCCAUAAUGAUUCAAAUAGGCCACAUGUCCCAAAUUAUUUCACAACGUUAGCCUAAUAAGAUCCACUAAUGCUAGUGACCCUCAGGAACAACUUACACGGACGUGACAGAGGAAAGAAAGGUAAACGGAAUGGAAUGAUGUGAAAUGUAAGUUACAAAUAGAAGAAAACAAACACUAAAGUGACAGUUAUAAAUGUAUGUGGGUGUUACUGACGGUGCCUCCCGAUACUGGCAAAUAUUUAACAUGAUACAAAUUGUGAAAUAAAACUGAGAAAUGCAUGGACAUAGGCUAUAAUUAAAACAUUCUAAAGGCAUACAUCAAAUUAUGAGGACACACACAAUUACAAUUCUGAAUAACGGCACAGCUACAGUGGGGGGAAAAAAGUAUUUAGUCAGCCACCAAUUGUGCAAGUUCUCCCACUUAAAAAGAUGAGAGAGGCCUGUAAUUUUCAUCAUAGGUACACGUCAACUAUGACAGACAAAUUUGAGGGAAAAAAAUCCAGAAAAUCACAUUGUAGGAUUUUUUAUGAAUUUAUUUGCAAAUUAUGGUGGAAAAUAAGUAUUUGGUCACCUACAAACAAGCCAGAUUUCUGGCUCUCACAGACCUGUAACUUCUUCUUUAAGAGGCUCCUCUGUCCUCCACUCGUUACCUGUAUUAAUGGCACCUGUUUGAACUUGUUAUCAGUAUAAAAGACACCUGUCCACAACCUCAAACAGUCACACUCCAAACUCCACUAUGGCCAGCUGUCAAAGGACACCAGAAACAAAAUUGUAGACCUGCACCAGGCUGGGAAGACUGAAUCUGCAAUAGGUAAGCAGCUUGGUUUGAAGAAAUCAACUGUGGGAGCAAUUAUUAGGAAAUGGAAGACAUACAAGACCACUGAUAAUCUCCCUCGAUCUGGGGCUCCACGCAACAGCUCACCCUGUGGGGUCAAAAUGAUCACAAGAACGGUGAGCAAAAAUCCCAGAACCACACGGGGGGACCUAGUGAAUGACUUGCAGAGAGCUGGGACCAAAGUAACAAAGCCUACCAUCAGUAACACACUAUGCCGCCAGGGACUCAAAUCCUGCAGUGCAAGACGUGUCCCCCUGCUUAAGCCAGUACAUGUCCAGGCCCGUCUGAAGUUUGCUAGAGUGCAUUUGGAUGAUCCAGAAGAGGAUUGGGAGAAUGUCAUAUGGUCAGAUGAAACCAAAAUAGAACUUUUUGGUAAAAACUCAACUCGUCGUGUUUGGAGGACAAAGAAUGCUGAGUUGCAUCCAAAGAACACCAUACCUACUGUGAAGAAUGGGGGUGAAAACAUCAUGCUUUGGGGCUGUUUUUCUGCAAAGGGACCAGGACGACUGAUCCGUGUAAAGGAAAGAAUGAAUGGGGCCAUGUAUCGUGAGAUUUUGAGUGAAAACCUCCUUCCAUCAGCAAGGGCAUUGAAGAUGAAACGUGGCUGGGUCUUUCAGCAUGACAAUGAUCCCAAACACACCGCCCGGGCAACGAAGGAGUGGCUUCGUAAGAAGCAUUUCAAGGUCCUGGAGUGGCCUAGCCAGUCUCCAGAUCUCAACCCCAUAGAAAAUAUUUGGAGGGAGUUGAAAGUCCGUGUUGCCCAGCGACAGCCCCAAAACAUCACUGCUCUAGAGGAGAUCUGCAUGGAGGAAUGGGCCAAAAUACCAGCAACAGUGUGUGAAAACCUUGUGAAGACUUACAGAAAACGUUUGACCUGUGUCAUUGCCAACAAAGGGUAUAUAACAAAGUAUUGAGAAACUUUUGUUAUUGACCAAAUACUUAUUUUCCACCAUAAAUUGCAAAUAAAUUCAUUAAAAAUCCUACAAUGUGAUUUUCUGGAUUUAUUUUCCUCAUUUUGUCUGUCAUAGUUGACGUGUACCUAUGAUGAAAAUUACAGGCCUCAUCUUUUUAAGUGGGAGAACUUGCACAAUUGGUGGCUGACUAAAUUAUUUUUUCCCCCACUGUAUUUAUAGCCUAUUACACUGUGGAAAGGGGCUGCAAUACGUUAUGAUUUUCAGUUUGGUUUCAUAUAGCUGGUUUCACAUUCGUCUCCAGGGAUAAUAAGGAAAGAUCUUCUAAAACAAUUGCUGUGUGUAUUUACAAUCCCCUUCUCCAAACGGAUUACUCAUUUACCGAGCUCUAAUCAAUAGCUCCUGUCCAUUUAAUAAAAUUACAGUGCAUGGAGAAUGCUGUUAUUUUUAUCGGAACAAAGAUACGUUUUUUCCACUUAGAACCGGCAGGUUUGCUCAACCUUAUUCAUGGUUUCCUCGCGCAUAAAGGUGGUGGAAUUAAGUCAAGGUCAAAAUAUGGCUUAUCAGUAGACGCACCUCAGCCACACCUUCAUUUCUUAGAUCUCCACCCCAAACAAAUAGUGGGUGAAUAGCAUGCUAUUUUCAUGCUUAAAUUCAAGGUCAGAACGCGCAUAAAAAGGAACGUUCCAUUUACGCGCGCUUAACCCGGGUCUGAAUCGGGGCAUAGUGAAUACCAUUUGUGUUUUAAUAUGAGUGUUUCGGCAUGGAAUAUAAUUUAUUAAUUUUUUACACUUUAAUUUAUUUGUCCAUAUGUACAGUACCAGUCAAAAGUUUGGACACCAACUCAUUCAAGGGUUUUUCUUUAUUUUUUACUAUUUUCUGCAUUGUAGAAUAAUAGUGAAGACAUCAAAACUAUGAAAUAACACAUGGAAUCAUGUAGUAUCCAAAAAAGUGUUAAACAAAUCAAAAUAUAUUUUAUAUUUGAGAUUCUUCAGAUAGCCACCCUUUGCCUUGAUGACAGCUUUGCACACUCUUGGCAUUCUCUCAACCAGCUUCACCUGGAAUGCUUUUCCAACAGUCUUGAAGGAGUUCCCACAUAUACUGAGCACUUGUUGGCUGCUUUUCCUUCACUCUGCCGUCCGACUCAUCCCAAACUAUCUCAAUUGGGUUGAGGUCGGGGGAUUGUGGAGGCCAGGUCAUCUGAUGCAGCACUCCAUCACUCUCCUUCUUGGUCAAAUAGCCCUUGCACAGCCUGAGGUGUGUUGGGUCAUUGUCCUGUUGAAAAACAAAUGAGAGUCCCACUAAGCCCAAACCAGAUGGGAUGGCGUAUCGCUGCAGAAUGCUGUGGUAGCCAUGCUGGUUAAGUGUGCCUUGAAUUCUAAAUCAAUCGCUGAUAGUGUCACCAGCAAAACACCCCCACAUCAUGACACCUCCUCCCCCAUGCUUUAUGGUGGGAACUACACAUGCGGAGAUCAUCCGUUCACCCACACCGCAUCUCACAAAGACACGGCGGUUGGAACCAGAAAUCUCCAAUUUGCACUCCAGACAAAAGGACAAAUUUCCACCUGUCUGUCCAUGCUCGUGUUUCUUGGCCCAAGCAGGUCUCUUCUUAUUAUUGGUGUCAUUUAGUAAUGGUUUCUUUGCAGCAAUUCGACCAUGAAGGCCUGAUUCACACAGUCCCCUCUGAACAGUUGAUCUUGAGAUGUGUCUGUGACUUGAACUCUGUGAAGCAUUUAUUUGGGCUGCAAUUUAUGAGGCUGGUAACUCUAAUGAACUUAUCCUUUGCAGCAGAGGUAACUCUGGGUCUUCCAUUCCUGUGGCGGUCCUCAUGAGAGCCAGUUUCAUCAUAGCGCUUGACAGGUUUUGCGACUGCACUUGAAGAAAUUUUCAAAGUUCUUGAAAUGUUCUGUAUUGACUGACCUUCAUGUCUUAAAGUAAUGAUGGACUCGUUUCUCGUUGCUUAUUUGAGCUGUUCUUGUCAUAAUAUGGACUUGGUCUUUUACCAAAUAGGGCUAUCGUCUGUAUACCCCCCCUACCUUGUCACAACACAACUGAUUGGCUCAAACGCAUUAAGAAGGAAAGCAAUUCCACAAAUUAACUUUUAGAAGGCACACCUGUUAAUUGAAAUGCAUUCCAGGUGACUACCUCAUGAAUCUGGUUGAGAGAAUGCCAAGAGUGUGCAAAGCUGUCAUCAUGGCAAAGGGUGGCUAUUUGAAGAAAAUCAAAUAUAAAAUAUAUUUUGAUGUGUUUAACACUUUUUUGGUUACUACAUGAUUCCAUAUGUGUUAUUUUAUAGUUUUGAUGUAUUCACUAUUAUUCUACAAUGUAAAAAAUAGUAAAAAUAAAGAAAAACCCUUGAAUGAGUAGGUGUCCAAACUUUUCACUGGUAGUGUAUUUGUCAAACUCGUGGCAGUUGUAAAAAAAAAAGUAUAUAGUUGGUUGAGUUACAGAGGUAAUAGAAAAUAAUCCCAUUGUAGAUGUAAUUUUUAUCAAAUAGGCUAUUUUCUCUUGAACCAUAUGGUCUAUAUACUAGAAACUCAUGGACAAUAUGGACACAGAUAUAAAAAAAUGAUAUAUAUUUAAUACUUUUUUUUUUGUUAUUCAAGAAUAAUGACCAAAGUUACGAUAAUUGCCAUAGACAUUGUUAAUUAACAAAAUUACUGGUCGCUUUGCAACCCUAGGCAUGAGUUAGUGAGCCAAGUAUCCUCAUGGUACCCUGUGAGUGUGUCAAGUUUAAUUUCAAGUGCAUUUCAAAGGUCACAACACACUUUACAUGAUUUAAAAAAGAACAAAACGAUGUAGAAAGGGGAACAAUAUCAACCACAAUACAAAUGUGUGCGUUUCCAGAGGGUGUGGAUCUCAGAGAUAGAGGGCGCUGUGACGACACUGCUGAGACUGGAUUCCCAGCAGCCUCCCCGGGUGAAGAGCUCCUCACUGUGGCUAGAGUCCUCCCAGAUCUGA